CUACACAUCCAUGUUUCUAUCCCAUCCUCAAGCCUUUGCAUGACCUUUCCCAUGGCUAAUAAUAACGGUACAACGCUUUUCACAAAUGGCCGGGUUUUCAGCCAUGGCACCUCCAAUGCGGAUUUCCAAACAUCAUUGGUCGUAAAAGACGGCAAGAUCGCAUAUGUAGGGGCAGCGGAUACACCCGAAAUCCAGGCCCAUAUUAGCAAUGGAGUCACCACCCAGGAUCUGAAUGGCCGAUAUAUCCUCCCAGGAUUCAUCGAUGGACAUUGUCAUUUCUUGUUACUAGGCCAAUCUUUGAACAAGGUAGACCUCGACGGAUGUGAAAACCUGGACGACAUCCGAGCUCGCAUCUCCAAGUAUGCAAAGGAGAAUCCUGACAAGAAAAGGAUCCUGUGUCGAGGCUGGAUGUAUAGCACGACGAACAACGAGGCCAAGGCGAGCAUGCUGGACGAUCUGGACCCCCGGCCUAUCUUCAUCGACGCAAAGGACCUGCACUCUACGUGGUGCAACACUGCUGCGUUGGAGGAGAUGGGCGUCCAAGACAUGGAAACACCUGCCGGCGGCACCAUCGAACGUGAUGAGAACGGUAAAGCAUCUGGACGACUGACCGAGGCGGCAGUUUUCCUCAUUGUGUGGCCUCACAUCGCCAAUGUUCUAUCAAUGCAAGAGAAGGUCGCCUCAUUGAAGGCUGGAAUGGAAGCAUAUCACCAAGUCGGCUACACAGGAUGCAUAGACAUGGCUAUGGACGAGAACGCCUGGGAGGCAAUCCUCGCCCUUCGUGAAUCCGAGGGUCAACUUCCCAUGCGUAUCGCCGCCUACUGGGCCAUUCUGCCAGGAACCGGCGUGGAACAUCGUCUGAAGCAAGUCGACCGAGCCAUCGAACUCAGCAAACAGUACAGCAGCACCACGUCCCCCGACCUCCGUGUCAUUGGAAUCAAGCUCAUCACCGACGGCGUCAUCGACGCAUGCGCGGCCGCCCUCAAGGAACCCUACAGCACCAACUUCUCGAACGCCGAGCCCAUUUGGACGCCCGAGAUGCUCGACCCAGUCGUCCAAAAGGCCUGCGAAGCAAAUCUCCAAUGCGCCGUUCACGCAAUCGGCGACCUCGCCAUCCGCAAUGCCAUUGACGUCCUCGAGAAGCACGGAAAACCCAACCAGCGUCACCGCAUCGAGCACCUCGAACUCACCUCGCCAGGCGAUGCAGAGCGACUGGGCAAACUAGGCAUCGUCGCUUCCAUCCAGCCGGUGCACGCGGACCCCGCGAUCCUCCGCGCGUGGCCGAAGCUCCUGGGCCCGGAGAGACUCAAGCGUGCGUUCGCGUACAAAGAGUUCGCAGACCAUGGCGUCGUGCUCGCGCUGGGUUCGGAUUCCCCGACCGCUCCGCACGACGUGCUUAAGAAUCUGUAUGUCGCGACUACAAGGAAGAGUGCGAGGCAGCCGGAUGCGGGUGAUGCGCCCGUGAAUGAGAACUUUAAGAUUGGCAUCGCGGAGGCGAUCACGGGGGCGACGCAUGGCGUGGCGUAUUCGUAUUUCAACGAGGGGUCUACGGGAAGCUUGGAGACGGGCAAGUAUGCGGAUUUCGUGGUCGUGGAUAUGCAGUAUGAGCCUGGGGAGCUGCUGAAGGGCCAGGUUUUGGAGACUUGGUUCGAGGGUAAGAAGGUUUACCAGGCGUAAAUUUGUCGGAAUGAUGUAUUAGUAGUUGCGUAGGGAUGUAUAGCAGACGGGUGAUACUUUCGAGUGGUGAUUAUAUGUAUAGCAGUGAAUAACUUCAUGAUGGCAUUGGAUUGGCAGUAUGUACAUACAACGAUCUGAUAACUGAAU